AUGUCUGUGGUCAUUAAAGGAUAUGUCUUGGGCUUCUCUGCCCCGGAGCGGCUGGAGAGAGCCGUGAGCGACCGGCUCGCCGCCGGCGCCCCCCCCCCGACCCCCCCGGGGAACCCGCCCAAGGCGCCCGCCCCGGACUGCGCUCCCAGCCUCGAAGCCGGCAACCCGGCUCCCGCUGCCCCCUGCCCACUGGGCGAGCCCAAGACCCAGGCCUGCUCGGGGUCCGAGAGCCCAAGCGACUCGGAGGGUGAAGAAAUAGACGUCGUGACAGUGGAGAAGAGACAGUCCCUGGGUGUACGGAAGCCGGUCACCAUCACGGUGCGGGCGGACCCUUUGGACCCCUGCAUGAAGCACUUCCACGUCUCCAUCCACCAGCAACAGCACAACUACGCCGCCCGCUUUCCUCCAGAAAGCUGUUCCCAAGGGGGGGCUCCAGAGAGAGGUCCCCAAGAAGAGGCUCUGGAGAGAGACGCCCCAGAGGAAGAGGAAGAAGAAGCGGAUGAAGAGACUGUGAGUCGCCCCCCCGGAGAAAGCGAGGCUCCCCAGUCCUGCCACCCCAAACCUGGCAGUUCUGACACCGAGGAUGUGACCAAGAGGAAGAACCACAACUUCCUGGAGCGCAAAAGGCGGAACGACGUCCCUUCUAGGUUCCUGGCCCUGAGGGACCAGGUCCCCCCCACCCUGGCCAGCUGCUCCAAGGCCUCCAAGGUGGUGAUCCUGAGCAAGGCCUUGGAGUACUUGCAAGCCCUGGUGGGGGCGGAGAAGAGGGUGGCCACGGAAAAAAGGCAGCUCCGAUGCCGGCAGCAGCAACUGCAGAAGGGAAUUGCCUACCUCAGUGGCUACUACGUGACCAAAAAGCCUGACUGCUCUGUCUUACAGAGAGACCUGAGUUUAUUUUCUAACCUUCCUUCUCCCCCUUAG